AUGAAUUACGCAUUCAAAGAAUACUCGUCAGACGCCCCUCCCGCCUACCAUAAAACACUACCUCCGUCAGCCAUUGCCCGUGAGUUUCUCUCUCUCUCUCUCUCUCUCUCUCUCUAUGCACAAGGGAGCUCCGGGUACUCGCCUAGCCUACUUAUACGCCACGGUCUGUUUCAGAUUCUCUAUAAUGUCGAGUGGAUAGGUCGAACCCUUGAUUUUUAUCGAAAUUUUGAUGACCCCCCCUCCCCCAAAACCCCCAAUAAACGUGCGAACAAUCCUCGAGUAUAUACGCUACAUGAUGGGUUUAACCAUCUCCUCCUUUCUCUCUCUCUCUCUCUCUCUCUCUCUCAACUCCCACUGAAAGUUUCUUCCACUUUAGGUAGCUCACGUGGCCACGUUUUGGCGGGAAACAAGCAAUCACUACCAGACUAUUCUGAAAAGCACCUCCAUAUACUUUCGCCUUUUCCAUUCUUUCUUUCUUUCUUUCUUUCUUUCUUUCUUUCUUUCUUGCUUGCUUCUUUUCUUUCUUUCUUUCUUUCUUUCUUUCUUUCUUUCUUUCUUGCUUGCUUUCUUGUUUGCAUUCUUUCUUUGUAUUAA